AUGAAUUUUUAUUUUAUUCUGACAUUUUGUGUCAUUACAAUUCAAUCGACAAAGAAAUGUGGUUAUGAUGCUUGUAAUUUAGGCGAUUCAACAAAAUUGAAUGUCCAUCUCGUUCCACAUUCUCACGAUGAUGUUGGAUUCGUUAAAACACUUGACGAAUAUUAUUACGGAUCUCGCACUGAUCUUCAACAUGCUGGUGUUCAGUAUAUUCUCGAUUCGAUUGUCCUUGCAUUGGAUGAAAAUUCCGAUCGACGAUUUAUUUACGUUGAAAUGGCUUUCUUUUCUCGAUGGUGGAACGAACAAAGCGAAAUAGUUCGUAAUAAAGUCAAAGAAUUUGUCAAUUCCGGUCGUUUAGAAUUCAUCUCCGGUGGUUGGUGUAUGAAUGACGAAGCAACGACACAUUACAACUCCAUUAUUGACCAACAUAGUUUAGGUUUAGAAUUUCUCAAUGAACAAUUCGGUGAGUGUGGUCGACCGAAAGUUGGCUGGCAAAUUGAUCCGUUUGGUCAUUCACGAGAACAGGCUUCUCUUCUUGCGCAAAUGGGUUUCGAUGGGUUGUUCUUUGGUCGCGCAGAUUAUCAAGAUUUACAAAAACGGAAUACAACGAAAUCAAUGGAAAUGGUUUGGAAAGCAAGUGCAAAUCUUGGACAACAAAGUUGGCUGUUCACCGGUAUUUUACCUCGAAGAUAUUCUACUCCACCAACAUUUUCUUUCGAUUUUAUCGCUCCCGAUGAUCCUAUAAUAGAUGAUGUCAAUCUACCUGAUUAUAAUGUUCCCCAACGUGUUCGAACAUUUAUCGAAACCGCUCAUAAUGAAUCGUUGGAAUACGCUACUAAUCAUAUCAUUAUGACAUUCGGUGGUGAUUUUCAAUAUGAAAAUGCGCUGGCAAAUUACAAAAAUUUAGAUAAGUUAAUUCAAUACGUCAAUGCUCAGCAAAUGAAUGGGAGUGAUGUAAACGUAUUUUAUUCGACUCCGACCUGUUAUUUAUACGCGUUGAACAAAGUCAACCGUAGUUGGAUAAGCAAAACCGAUGAUUUCUUUCCUCACGCUCAUCAUCCACAUGGAUUUUGGACGGGAUUUUACACAUCUCGACCAGCUUUGAAACGUUUCGAACGCUAUUCGAAUAAUAUUUUACAAGUCACACGACAAUUAAACGCCUUUUCCAAUUCUCAACUUCGGAAUCAAAUCUUUAACUUAAGUGAAGCCAUGGCCGUUGCUCAACACCAUGAUGCGGUUAGUGGAACCGAAAGACAACACGUAGCAGAUGAUUAUGCCCUACGAUUGUCCAUUGGCAUUGACGGAGCACUUAACGUGAUUAAUCAAGCGUAUUCGAAAUUAUUAAGUAAAGAGGGUCAUUCAAGAGUGAAUGUUCAACAAUUUCUUUGUCCAUUGACAAAUAUUAGCGAAUGUUUACCAAUCGAAAAUGUCGAACGAUUUGUCGUAACGCUUUGGAAUCCAACAAUUCAUCCAGUUAUGGAUUAUUUACGUGUACCCGUGACAAACUCAUAUAAAGUUCGUGAUCCGAACGGAACAGUUGUCAAUGUUGAUCUAAUUCCGAUAUCAAAUAUAACGAAAGAUAUUCCGGGUCGAAUGAGUAAUGCAACAAUGGAAUUAAUUCUUCGGUAUAAUCUUCCAACACUUGGAUUCAGUUCAUAUUUCUUUGAAAGAAAUGAGGAGGAGAAAGUCGAAGAUUUGAAAAUAACGAAGAAGGAAAUGUGUAUUUUGCAAAAUCAAUAUCUCCGCGUGGAAAUUGAUGAACAAGGAAAUCUACAACAAAUGAUAAAUCUUCAAAAGAAUAUUAAUCUCACCUUUGCCAACCACGGUUUCUAUUGGUAUGAAGGUAAGGCGAUUUUCUCUGAAAGAAGACUGAAAUUUUCUAUUCGAUGGACAAAAGGUUAUCCAGGAAACAAUUCUCAAUUUGAUUUUCAAGCCUCUGGUGCUUAUAUUUUUCGACCAGUAACACAAAAUCCCACUCCUGUUUCAACGAAACGAUCAUUAAAAUGUUUCAAAACUUCACUCGUCCAAACCGCACUGAUCACAUUUAACGACUGGAUUAGUGAAGAGAUUCGUUUAUACGACGAAAAGGAAGAUUUGGAGAUCGAAUGGACCGUCGGUCCAAUUCCAAUUGAAGACAAUCUCGGCAAAGAAAUCAUUCUUCGUUACGACACAAAUCUUGCAAGUCAAUCAAAGUACUACACCGAUUCCAAUGGACGAGAAGUUCUUCAAAGAAUAAGAAACUAUCGACCGACAUAUAAUUACACGAUCACUGAACCUGUCAGUGGUAAUUAUUAUCCAGUUAAUUCAAGAAUUUGGAUCAACGAAACCAAUCGACAGUUUACAAUUCUGACGGAUCGUUCACAAGGUGGUGCGAGUCUAUUGGAUGGUUCAAUUGAGGUAAUGAUACAUCGACGAUUGCUCUAUGAUGAUCAUAUGGGCGUUGGUGAAGCGUUGAAUGAAACUGCGUUUGAUCGCGGACUUGUCAUCCGAGGAAAACAUUUUCUGUAUCUCGAUUCACCACAAUCAAGUUCGCUUUAUCAUCGUGCUCGUUCUCAACAAUUGUUUCUCUCGCCGUUAGCCACAUUUCAAUUGUUUAACUCAUCUUAUACGAAUUAUUCGAAUGGUUAUGGACAAACAUGGUCAAUGUUGCAGGAAAGUUUACCAUUGAAUAUCCAUUUGUUGACAUUUGAUCAAUUGAAAGAGAAAGAAUUUUUGGUUCGUCUUGAGCAUUAUUUUGAAUUGAAUGAAGAUCACAUCUAUUCCAAUCCAACUUUAAUUGAUUUGCAAUCAUUGUUUAAAUCUAUUGGAAUAAUUGAUCAAUUCGUCGAAUUAACAUUGGAUGGAAAUUUAGAAUUAUCGAAGAUGGAUAGACUCCAUUGGUUCACUGAUGAACAACACUCGGGCAUCGAAAAUCGGAAAUCGCUUUUGGCAAAGCAAAAUUCAACAAUCAUUUUCAAUCCAAUGCAAAUUCGAACAUUUCGUAUAGCAAUCGCUUAA